UUUCAUUUCAGAGAUUAGCUGUGUUCUUUUUCAUUGGUUUCUUAAUAUGGCAUGUAUUUUAUCAUUUGUCGUUAAAAGUUAUAUACUUAUAUGUAUAUAUGUGUGUACGCGUGUAAAGGUAAUUUGCUGUCUACAAAACAAAACGAGAAUCAGAAUUUAGUAAAGUGAACGUUUUCAUUACGUUUAAUAGUGUUAGAAUCAUGUAAAAAAAAGUCAAUGUAAGAGCAGGGGCGGCUCAAUAAAUUUAUGUACUUUUCAAAAGGAAAAAAAUUGGACUUUCAAAACUUAUAUUUUACCUAAUCAUCUUGAACCAAAUUGGACUUUUCAAAAGGAAAAAAAAAAUUGAAUCAUGUAAGAGCAGGGGCGGCUAAAAUUAAUUUUAUAAUAAAAUAAUAAAAGUGUUUUGGUUCCUUACAUUUAUUUUUCUUAAAAACAUGUAAUUUUAUAUAUAAUAGGUAUAUAUAAAAAAGUCGAGAUCUCUAAAUCUAAUUAUAAGAGCUUUUCCAUCUGCAAAUUCUGGAGAAUUAUCUAACGAGAUAAACGUAUAGAAAAAUAAGUAAGAUAGAUGGCUGAGGUACUUUAAAUACCUGUUUAGAAAUUUUGAUGACACAUGUUUCACUUUUAUUAGUAAUAUUUAUCUAGCGCAAAUAAAUUUAAAUACACAUUAAGAUAUUAACUUUUUAGUUGUUUUUUUAACACCAUAACUUUUUAUCGUUAAGAACUUAAAACAAGCAUGCCAACCGAUUGGGUUGCUCUAAGACCAUUUCCAAUGGUGUUCUAUAAUUUUCUCUAUAUUUUACUAUAAAAUAAAAUAACUCUAUUAUAAAGUUAUAUUUAUUUCAAUGAUUAAUUUUAUAAUAAAGUUAUUUUAUAAUAGAGUAGAAUAUAUAGAAAUGUUGUUUUUAUACUAUAUAAUAUUUAGAGUAAAAAAUAACAUUUUUUUAUAUUCUACUCUACUCUAUUAUGGAGUUAGACCGUUGAAACAAAUAUAACAGUAUAAUAAAGGUACUUUAUGUUAAAGUAAAAUAUAGAAAAAAUUAUGGUAUACAGUAGAUGCCCUAACACAGAGGAAACAGUAUUAAAUACCGGGCGACUGCACUCAUUAUUUCCCCCAUCCGUUCAUACAAUCCCAACAAGGUUAGAAAAUAUUGAUUGAUUUUAUAUGGUACAUUACGAUGGAAUCUAGUUAUUAUUAGUCACGUGGUAUUCUCUCUUUUUCUACAUAUUAUUAAUGAUUAGACCAUCAUUGACCCCAGUCUCUUAACUGAGGUUCUUAACUUCGGGUAAGAAACGGUUAUUACUUUUUCUUAAAUUUUAACUAAGAAAAGUUAAGAACUGUCUCUUAAAUAAGAGAUAUAAGAGCUGCAUCUUAACUGAAAAGUGUAAAAAAAAAAACAAAAAAAUAUCAAAACAUAAGUUAAGAAUCCCGGCUAAGAGACCGGAGCUAAGUAUGCCCUUAUAUGGUUUAGUAUUUUUGGGGAACAAUUAGCCAUGUUAACAGAACUUCAGUGGAUACACUAAACACUGUUAAACUUUUAGUUACUUAGAAUUUUGAUUUAAAAUGGUGGAUUUUUUUUUUUGAUAAACCCUAUCGGAUGAUCCGGUUGGCUUCGGGAAGAACACACUUAGUUCUAUAGAGUAGACUAGCCCGAAAGCGUACCACACUGCCUGACCUGAAUUUGGAAUACCUUCCGACUAAUACCAGGGGAUGGACCAAUCAUUUGUUAUGGUCCACCAUGUAAACCAUUUGGACCGAAGCCCAAGCCUAGACCGACCAAGUAAUGAUAAUUUAGUUCUCAGAAAAAUCGAAUCCAGGACUGAUGUGGAUACACACCAAACUCCAAGAUAUUGCCACUAGGUUACCACCACUUGGUUAAAAUGGUGGAUCUUGUAUGCACUUGAACGGUAGGAUUUAAGGUGUUUAAUUCGGUUGGUUGAAUUUUUGUUCAGUUUUCAGCUUAGACAAAUUUGACUACCCAAUUAAAAUCAUAUGUACUAUAGUUUAGUUUGGAUACCUGUAGUUUUUGGUUUGUUUGAUUUUGAACAGAAAACUAUAAGUAUUAUUUACUUUGAACGGGCAGGAUUUAAGGUGUUUAAUUCGGUUAGUUGAAUUUUGGUUCAGUUUUCAAUUUUCAUCUUACACAAUUUAACUACCAAAUUAAAAACAUAUGUACUAUAGUUUAGUUUGGAUACCUUUAGGUUUUGGUUUGUUUGAUUUUUAAUAGAAAGCUAUAACUAUAAUUAUUUUUUAAUAAAAAAAUUAUCUUUUUAAUUAUUAUAUUUUUGAAAAUUUCUUUGUACACUAUAUUUAUCAUAUAGUAAAAUCUUUAAAAUCAUUCAAUAUUCUCUUUUCAAUUCUAUAAAAUUAAGAAUUUUACAUGAUUAAUAUUUAGUUAUUUGGUUUCUGUUUUAAAUUUUUAAUUAAAAGAUUUUUUAGAUAACAACACAAUAUAUAUAGAAAUUAUCUUUUGAAAAACGUAUAUAUAAUAAUUAUCUUUUCUUUUAAAAUAUAUUUAUAUUUUGGAUAAUUCUUAUUAUAAUUAAUUUUAAUCACUUAUCUAAUAUUUUUUUUUAUUUUGUGACUAAUAUAUAUAUUUUAUUCAUUAAAUGUAUAAACAAUAUUAACCACUCUAAUUUUAACGUAAGCGCUCCAAUUCGAAAAGUCACUUCGCAAAAAAUAUAAUAGAUUAGUGAAUUUCAGUAUAUAUAGUUAGAAAUAUAAUUAACUAAAUAAGAUUUAGUCAAAGUUCAUUGGACACAUUUUAUUUACUUUCUUGGGAUAUAUUCCAUAAGCGAUUCAUGGUUGAGCACUUCAUAUUUUUUUCAGUUCUCCUGAAAGGAAAAAAACCCUUAAUAAUUUUUUUAGCGUCUAACUAAGUCACCUUCACGCUUGUAGGCUUGUAGCACACAUGUUACAUAGAAAAGGACGCAGGAACAAAACACCCGAAUAACAUCUACUAUGAUUUAUUCAAACCCUACCGCUUCGUCUGAUAUGCUCUCCUACUGGUGUAGCCUGGCUCUCUAAUACAUCACUCGCUUUGGAUCUUCUAAGCAUCUUCUGUCUUCAUCUUUCUAGGGAUUUUGCCCGUCUACCAAAGCUCUCCGCCUUGCAUGUUCAGUGCCGUGCGAAGGGUUUUAGGGGCAUAAGGCAAGUUUUAAAAAUAAAUUUAUAUACAAUCAUAAAGAAAAAAAAAUUUAAUACGAUAUAUCACAUUCUCGAAAUACAUAAGUUUAACACUUACAAGAAUAAGUUUAUUACGUAAAUAUGCUAUAUUAUGUCCUAUAAGAAAAAAGUAUAAAGAUUUAGAAAUUGAGUUAUUCGAUUCUCGUGGAAAGCUUUUUUUAGAAAUACGUUUAAGCAACUAAACUAGAAAUUAUUUUAAAUUUUAGGACCCUAGAAAACGUAAUAUUAUUCGGGGGCCUAAGGCGAAUGCCUUUUUCAAUACACUGUAGGCACGCCUCUGUGCAUGUUGUCUCUCUCGACUGAUCUGUCUAAUAGGUUCAGAUUAUUUUCUUAAUUUUGGAUUGGCCUAGGCCCGUAGCUAUUAACAGUGUAUAGGCUGAAUGCAACUCUACCCAAUGGGCUUAACUCAUUUUUAUUCUCUUUAUUUUAAUAGAAGGUCCUUUCUCACAAAAGAAAAAAAAAACAUCUCCCAUAUUUUACCGACUUGAGAGCUCUUUUCUUUCGCCGGGCCCAAUGGGCUUAAUCCUUGGCUCUUUUCUCACGUCAGACCCAAGCUCUCUAUCACCAGAUACGCCGCAUCUCUCUCUCUGUCACUCUCAAAACGAUUAGAGAAUGAUGCAAAACCUUGGACAAUACUCAAAACGAUUUCUCUCGUUCAGGAAAACACAGGCGAUUAUUCAGUUCACGCGUACCCUAACGUCGGCGAAGCUGAAUGACACUUUACAUAGUCGGGUCAUGGCGGUGGAAAACAGGUUCCCGUUCCUAUGGAGAGUUAAGGUCACACCUGUGCUGAACGAAUGGCUGAAACAAGGCAAUGAAAUAAACCCUACGGAUCUUAGAGCCGUCAUCAAAGCUCUCUGCGAGUCUCAGCGAUUCGACCACGCCCUCCAGGUCUCGGAGUGGAUAACAAAACGAGGGGUUUUUGAGAUAAGCACUGAAGAUGUUGCAUCUCGGCUUUAUCUCAUUGAGAUUCAUUCAGGGUUGAGUGAAGCAGAGAACUUCUUCAAAAGCAUUCCUGAGAACAUGAAAGACGACUUAGUCUACACCACUCUCUUAAGCUUCUACACAAAAGACAAGGAAACACGACACGAAGCCGAAGCCACUUACCAGAAAAUGAGGGAGAAUAAUAUGCUCUUCAAGCCUAACCCUUACUACAAGAUGAUCUCUCUAUACGGCCUUCUUGGAGAAACAAAUAAGGUCGACGAGAUUCUGAGGCAGAUGAUAGAAAACGGAGUUCAGCAUGACAUAACUCUCACGUCCAAUAACGUUUUGAAGGCUUACGCGAGUGUCCCUGAUGUGGAGGCAAUGGAGAAGUUUCUGAAAAGAAUCGAAUAUGAAAUGCCACCGUUUGCGUUGGCUUGGCAAACGGGGAUAAGCAUGGCGAGGGCUUACUUAAAAUGUGGUUCAAAUAGAAAAGCGAUAGAGAUGUUGCGUAGAACAGAACAAGUAGUUGAUGCAAAGUCGAAAGACGUGGCGAACAAGGUGUUAAUGGAGAUGUAUGGCGAGGCUGGAGCUAAACGAGAUGAGGCCCGCCUCUAUAUCAGUCAGAAUGCUAAGCAAAGACAGAGAAAGGGGGCGUGUCGAUGUAAAGGAAGUGGCGGACGAAGCUCUCACCACCCGGGAUAUUACUAUGGUGGCUGUGGUGGUGGAUGUGGCAGUAUACGUGGUGGUGGGGAUGGUAGCCGCGCUGAUGAUAACGGUGGUGGUGAUGAUAGCCGCGCUGAUGAUGACGGUGGUGGUGAUGGUACCCGCGCUGAUGAUAACGGUGGUGGUGUCGGUGCUGAUAAUGACGGUGACGGUGGUGGUGGUUGCGGUGGAUGUGGUAGCUGGGAUUGAGAGUAGAAAACCAAGUAGAGAGUCAUUGGUCAUGUUUUCGUUAAAAUAAUGGUUUACUUAAUUACCGUCGAAUGUUUUAAUAUAUAAUAUGACUUAACCAUAUUACCAACAUCGUGUUCUACAUCUUGUCCAGCAACUUUAAGAUAUUUUUAAUGCACCAAUACGCAACAUUUGGAUUCAAAUCCCAGAAGACUUAUUAUUUAUGUAUAGAGGUCUGAAUAAAAUCGUCAACAACUUCAAUUCUCAAGUAGAUGUUCAUAUUGUAAAUACCAUUGCUUUGAAUCCCACUGAACUUUAGCAACCAAAAUAUUGGAGAUGGGCUUCACUCCAUCAAUAGAACUUAUUAAACAAUGGAUUCGGUAUAUCUAAAAGAAUGGCAAUGUUUUUAAAACCAGAUCCGGUUACGGUUUAAUAUCUGGAUUACAGUUUAAUAUGGUUGGAACGGGUUCAAUUAGGUUCAACCAAAUUCAACCAAAUUCAAUUUAAUGAUAUUUUGUAAAUAAUAUACAUAUUAUUUACAAAAAUCAUAUCAAAUAAAAUGUUUCAGUAACCAAAUGUAAUACAAAGUUAUAAAAUAAUUUAAUAGUUCAAAUCUAAAAUCAAUAAAAAACACAUUUAAACUUCAUUCUCCAACCAUCACUCCAAAUAUUCUUCAUCUUUAAAAAAAUCAUGUAAAAAGCCCUUUUGUCAAAAAAAAAAAAAUCAUGUAAACUAUGUUUUUAUUUACUCGUGUAAUGAGAAGAAAGAAUAAGUACAAUGCUUUGUUUUUAUACAAAUUUAGAAUUUCAUGAAUGUUAAUUAAAGUCUUCAACACAAGAGAUCAUGUAAUAAUAUUUAAAUAAAGUGAGAAGUAGACAUAAAUGAUAUCUUGGCAUUGGCAUGAAAAUUUAUGUUUGUGAAUCUUGUAAUUUGUGAGUUGCAAAGAAGGAAAAAAACGAGUUACGCCGUUGAUUUAUUAAUUUCUUACAAAAUUCAUCCUUAUUUAAAGAAGAAAAUUUAAUUAUCCUAUUAACAAAACUUUGGUUUACAUACGAACCUCGGUUUGGCCAUUUCAUUGGAUCGUCGGCUUUCAAGUUUUAAACGGUUUAAUACAUAUUUUUAACUAGUUCAAUUUUAACUGGGUUUUGCUAUUAACUCAACCCGGACUGGUCUCCGGUUCGUGAUUUACCCGGUCCGACCGCCGGUCCAAGUUUAAAAACACUGAAGAAUGGAAAUCACAAAAAAAUCGGUCAAAUCUUAGAAAAAGGAAUUAGACCUUGAAUUCAAUCAUAUAUAAAUAAAGAAACUCCUCAAAGACUAAAAGGAAAGAGACUCAUCUAGACACAUCACCUAACAUUUAAGCACCUCGCCAAUCAUCUACGUAUAUCGCCUAUCAUCUAGGCAGCAUUCCACCAAGGCUGAAAGGAGAAGCCGAGUACAACUCACCUUGACAGGUUCGAGUUACUCGCUUAGUUGAUCAUCACAAUUUAAGACGAUUUCAACUCACCUUGACAUGUACGAAUAACUCGCCGAAUUGAAUGACUAAAAAUAUUUCUAAGUAAACUCGCCUUCAUCUAGGCACAAAGACGGGUUCAACUCACCAUUAUAGGUACGAUGUAACACCCCGACCCGAAAAUAUUCGUGAGCCUCCACGUCCACUCUUGGUUUGUGAGCUUCACUCUCAUUUGACGUCCGGUGCGUUGUUGGAGAGAUUCGGUAAACAUGAUAUACUAACCCUGCAAAAACGAUACCGUUCCUCGUUCCUUGUCCUCACUCACAAGGUACCAUGAUUAGCCAGCCUGCACCAGUUUCUUGAUAGGUUACCCAU